AUGGACUUGAACCAGGAAAGACGAGCAGGUGACGCAAUGUCUAUCUCCACCCUAUUGGCCCAAGAAAACUCUGCUGCUGCUGCCGCUGCUGCUGCCGCUGCUGCCGCGGCCGCUGCUGAAAACACUGAUCCUUCUACUAUUGCUACCAAUCCAACCAGUCCCACCCAGAAUUUGACCACACAACAAAAUCCCGAAUCCAUUACCUACAAUGGUCAUGCUAACGAAGACUCUGAUUCACGACACUCUCACAAAGACUCGAUGAUUAGCCAAAAUCAUACUCAAGCCGCCUCCAGAACUUACCACCAAUUUGUGCCAACUACAAUCCCUAUCGGUUCUUCUGUUUCUUCAUCUACAUCCACACCCGCUGUUAAUAAUAAUACUACUACAUCAACUUCAUCGUCGUCAUCAUCAUCUUCUUCUUCUACUACUACUAUUACUACUACUACUACUUCAACAGCUUCUCUAAAGAAACGCCGUCGUAACACCUAUCCUCCUCUGGCUCCUGAUAAUGAAGAUCUAGUCUUUGAAGUCCUCAAUCCAACCCAUAUGGAAGCCUCCUUCCAAUACGCUAAUCAACCUGUCUUUCAAGAAGAAAAAGAAGAAUACCUUGCUACUCUUCGCCAACGUAUCACAAACAUCCAAGUUAUGGAAAAUCGCCAUUUGACUACUGCUCGCAAUGCUCUUCAAAAAAAAUACCUAACUCUCUACACAACAAAAGCAGACGCGCUACGCAAAUACGCUACAAAACAACUAUAUCCAACGGCAAUGGGUAACGUUCUCAAAUUUGAAGAGCUCGUUGAAAAAGAAGGUAAGAAGCUCUACCGUAAUCAAGUUAAAAAGGAACGUAGAGCCAUUCGUGCAGCUCAACUUAAGGCCCAAAAAGCUGAAGCUCUCAGACUCAAAGCUGAGGCUGCUGCUGCUGCCGAAGUUGCAAAAGAAGAAGCAAAACGCGCUCAAAAACUCAAGGCUGUCAAGGAAGCUAAAGAAGCGCGUGCGAAAGAUGCAAAAGCAAAAGUUAUCAGUAAUGCUAAAAAUGCUGCUGCCGCUGCUGUUGCUGUUACUACAAAUGGUGGUAGUGCAUCCACGUCAACCAAUCCAGAUGACGAUAUCUCUAAUAAAACCACAACAACAACAACUGGUACACCCAUCAAACCCAAAACAAAACGUGGCAAAGGGACAGGCACUAGCUCACGACGCUCAGCUGCUGCAAAACCCGAGGCCGGAAACGACAAAACACUAAAAGAAUCUGCAUCUUCGACAUCAACAACUGCCACAAAACCCAAGGGCAAGUCAAAAGCUCGUGGUUCUGCAGCCUCUGCAAAUGGCUCAUCCAAAGACACAAAAGAUUCUCUUAAAAAGCUCCUUCCUUUGGCCCCAGCAACCCCCCUCUCAGAAAUAACCGACUCUUCAUCUCCUCCCUUGCAUACUAAUAACACGUCGCAUUCUCCCAAACCUUCUCUUGCUCUUAAAAAGGAAUCAAAAUCAAAGUCGGUCACUUCAAACUCUUCCGCAGGUGCGGCUGCUGCUGCUGCUGGUGCAAACAAUGCCUCCGGGGUGGCCACUGCUGCCGCUGCCUCUCCAUCUAAAAAGGAGCCCGAAAAGCCAAAGCCUCCACCUCCACCAAAACCCCCAUCGCAAAAGGAGAUUCGUGCUAUUGCCCGUCUUUACUCUAAUACUUACGACUCAGUUUGGAAAGAUAUGGCCCGUCGUGAUGCAAAUAAAGUCCAUCGACUUGUCCGCUCUUCAGCUAAUACGCGUCUCAGUAAUUUGCGUAAAACAGCUGUUUUGGCAUCUAAGGAGGCUCGUCGCUGGCAGUUUAAGACAAACAAGAACCUUAAGGAUCUUCAAAUGAAGGCAAAGCGUGGAAUGCGUGAAAUGCUGGCCUUUUGGAAACGAAAUGAACGCGAGGAACGUGACCUUCGUAAGCGCGCUGAAAAGGAGGCCCAAGAACUAGCAAAGAAGGAGGAAGAACAACGUGAAGCCCGUCGCCAGGCAAAGAAGCUUAAUUUCCUCAUUUCCCAAACAGAACUCUAUACCCAUUUCAUUAGCAAAAAGAUCUCCCCGGCUGAUGAUGAAAACAAUAAGGACAACAACAAUGCUGCUGGCAGCAACAAUAAUGGCAAAAUAUCUGGGAAAGAUCUUGAUUUUGAUUCAGAAAAUGAAGAAGAGCUUCAAAAGGCAGCCCUUGCUAACGCUCGCUCAGCUUUUGCUGAAACACAGGCACAUGCUCGCAGCUUUGAUGGCGGAGAAAAGAUUCGUGAUGUCAAUAUUGAUAAUGAUGAAAUGAAUUUCCAGAACCCCACCUCGCUCGGUGAUAUUCAGAUUCCACAGCCAAAGUUGCUUUCUUGUCAGCUUAAGGAGUACCAAAUUAAGGGUCUAUCAUGGCUUGCAAAUCUUUACGAACAAGGCAUCAAUGGAAUUCUCGCCGAUGAAAUGGGUCUCGGUAAAACUGUUCAGAGUAUUUCUGUCAUGGCAUACCUUGCAGAGACAUACAACAUUUGGGGACCCUUUUUGGUCAUCUCUCCAGCAUCCACGCUGCACAAUUGGGAACAAGAGAUUCGCAAGUUUGUUCCCGACUUUAAAGUUUUACCUUACUGGGGCUCUGCAAAAGAUCGCAAAGUUCUUCGAAAAUUUUGGGAUCACAAAAAUGUCAAGUACGGUAAAGACGCUCAAUUCCAUGUGCUUGUCACCUCUUAUCAAUUAGUGGUUGCUGACGCUAGCUACUUUCAAAAAAUGAAGUGGCAGUACAUGAUUUUAGACGAAGCCCAGGCUAUUAAGUCUUCAUCUUCGGCCCGUUGGAAAUCACUGCUCUCCUUCCAGUGUCGUAACCGUCUCCUGCUCACGGGUACUCCAAUCCAAAACUCGAUGCAGGAACUUUGGGCUCUACUCCAUUUCAUUAUGCCAACUCUCUUUGAUUCCCAUGAUGAAUUCAGUGAAUGGUUUUCCAAAGAUAUUGAGUCGCAUGCCCAAUCCAACACACAGCUCAAUGAGCAACAGCUCAGCCGUCUACACAUGAUUCUCAAGCCCUUUAUGCUUCGCCGUCUGAAGAAGCACGUUCAGUCAGAACUUGGUGACAAAAUUGAGAUUGAUAUUUACUGUGAGCUUACUAAUCGCCAGCGCGAGCUCUACCGGACUCUGCGCUCUCAAAUUUCAGUCAUGGACCUUAUUGAAAAGGCUGCCUCGGGCUCUGAUGAAGGCACACAAUCUCUCAUGAACUUGGUUAUGCAGUUUCGUAAAGUGUGCAACCACCCUGACUUGUUUGAGCGUGCUGACACAACUUCUGCAUUUUCCUUUUCCGUCCCAACUAUUGCAUUUGGCCCCAUUCGCGAAGCAAAUGAUGUGGAGAUUUUGUACAAUUGUUCCAAUCUUAUCUCCUACAGAGUUCCUAAGCUCAUGUACCGUGACGGCGGGUUUCUUGAUGUCCCCUGCGAGGCCAACAACACUGUUGGUUUCCGUUCGCCGUUUGUCCAAGGCAUGCUGAACAUUUGGGAUCCUUGGCAUAAAAGUCCUACAGUGGCCUCUCUCAGACUUGCUGGCGUUUCGCCCAGCGAGGCCAAGACUGCAGCUACCCACGGUCUUUUUGAGCGUGCUACUGCUCUUCAUUUUUAUUCCGGGAAAAAGUCAGCAGCACGGUUUGAGAUUAUCUAUGACGAUGAAGAAGACAAUAAGUCCAUUCCCAAGUCUAAUAUGCUUUUGAUUUCUGAUGCAAAAGAUAAGUGGGAGCAUGCACGCACAACCUCCACUGGGAUUCUUAAAGAGCUUCUUUCUGUUGGUGAGCGCGUCUUGGAUGAAGGCCUCUACAAUUACAUUGAGGCUGCUCAUGACGACAAGGUUCAGGCACCGCCCAUCAAUCUCAUUGGGUCUGACCGAAGCAUUAGCCUAGAUCAACAACAGUUGCUCUUUGAUGCCAAAAAGCGCUCUUACCUCUAUCCCAUGUCGCUUGAUCGUGAAUGGGAUUUCAUUGAGCAUGGUUUGCCUAUUAGCGAGCUUCCACCCUCAGACAUGUUCCCAUGGCCUCGCAAUUCUAGUAUUGGAUAUACUACUAUCCGGAUGCCAUCCAUGAUCAAGUUUGUCACCGAUUCUGGCAAGCUAGCCAAACUGGAUCAAAUGCUUCCUGAGCUAAAGGCCAAUGACCACCGUGUACUCAUUUACUUCCAAAUGACUAAAAUGAUGGAUCUGAUGGAAGAAUAUCUGACGUUCCGACAAUACAAGUACGUCCGUCUUGAUGGUUCCUCUAAACUAGGUGACCGUCGUGAUCUUGUCAAUGACUGGCAAACCAAGCCCGAGCUGUUUGUCUUUUUGUUGUCAACUCGUGCUGGUGGUCUUGGUAUCAACCUCACUGCUGCAGAUACUGUCAUCUUUUAUGAUUCUGAUUGGAAUCCUACUAUUGACUCGCAGGCCAUGGAUCGUGCACAUAGAAUGGGUCAAACACGACAAGUUACGGUAUAUCGAUUGCUUGUCAAGGGCACCAUUGAAGAGCGCAUGCGUGACCGUGCAAAACAAAAGAUGCAUGUACAGCAGGUUGUGAUGGAAGGUGGUGGUGCUGCCAAGUCAGGUGUUGAUUUCCAGAAGCCUGGUCGCGAAGUGGCUUACUGGCUGCUUGACGACGACGCGACUGCUGAUGCGCUCAUUAAGAAGAAGCAGGAGGAAGCUGCUGCUGCCCAGAGUAACAAGAAGGGUGGAGCACAAAAACGCCAAGCGGAUGCCAACAGCCAGGACACACUUGGAGUUCCUGGAGCGCCACCAGCAAAGAAGGCUAAGGUUCGUGGGAUUGAAGACAUGUACCAUGAAGACGAAGGCAACUUUGAUGAGUCUACGAACCCAAGCUUGCGUGGAACACCGAGUGGAUCGGGGACAGCAACGCCUACUGGUGAGCCAGCUAUAAGUGCUGCACGCAAAAAGGGGGGUAAUACUAAUGGUCGCGGAGGAAAUGCUAGUCGAAGAGUUUCUGCAGACAAGAGAUUGCAGGUGGUUGAUUAA